GUUCCCAAGCAUUGGUUGAACCUGACAGCGGCCAGCAUCUAUCGGAGCCUUCAUCGCAUUGAUGCACAGGUCAAGCAGUGGACCUUUGUGGCAGCACAACGACGAAGGGUCGGCUUUAAGGUGAACGUGGUGAUGCCCUUCUGCGCGCGAGCAGACGCAGAGUAUCUGCCGCAGCUGGAGUCUUUGAUUCUGCAGGAGUCGCUGCCUCUAACCGAGGUUGUCGACCUAUACAUCUACGAUAUUUGCUAUGCCUUCUUCAAUGUCAGCAGUUCUGCCUACAGCUUGGAAAAUGAGGCAGAGGUGGAAAUCGAUCUCUCCUCCGGCUCAGAGCGCGCAGGAUCGUCCCAUUCUCUGGUGGCUUUAUCGUCCUCAUUGCUACGCGUGGCCAAGUACUUCAGGCGUGCAUUCGUCAUCCCCUUCCAUGAGGAGAUACCUACUGGUGAGGUGUCCCCGAAUCUCCAUCAUGUCGCGCAGCACUAUGACGAUCUGCCAGACUUCAUGUUGUUCAUCCACGUGGAUGUGUACGAGCACGUGGAAGUCCCGGCAUUGGUGUCAGUCCUGAACUCUUUCGCGCUGAGGCUUUGGCCGCGGGAGCUGCCCUUCCUGCAUCUGGGCCGUCGGCACAGCGGGCCCAUCGAUGCGUCAGGACGAGUGCGUUCGGAGAUACGAUCGUACUGCCGAAUGCGAGCACCCAGGGAGGGUGUGCAGCGGAAGACAGCUCCAUCCAUCUUCCGAGGAGACUCCGUCCUGGAGCGCUACACGGUUCGUACACCCUCAGGUUGGUACUGCCAGUGGGUGGAGUUGGCGUGGGAGCUGCUUUUCCACCACCCACCACAGCUUCCGGAGGACGACUACGGCGGCUAUGACUACGGUCAGUUCGUGGCCAGCCGGGAGGCCGCAAAAGCCAGGCCAAAGGCGUUCUGGCAAAAUGGAUGGCGCGCUCUGUGCAGCGGCAGCAAUUACCGGCUCCUUCUUGGAACAAAGUUUCUGUCUUGGAAGGACCUGACAGCAAUGGAAAGGACCAAGGAGGAGAAAUUCACUUGGUUCGGCUUCCACAAGGGGUUGGAAAUGGCCUUCGAGCACCUUUGGCACGUGGUCUUCCAGCCAGAGGCUGCGACCUGGCUGUGGCCCAGCAGGCUGAGGGAUCCAUCACUUCCUCUUGGACUAAAGUUUGCCAUGAAUGGUGACCCGACGCUGCUUCGAUUCUACCGAUGGACUCCCCACGAUCCGCUUUAG